AAUUCUCACCUGUCAUUACUCACUGUGGUAAGGGGAAAGAAAUGUGGGGAAGAACACACACACUGAUUGCUAAUGUUUGCUGUCCUUCCCAAUGGCUCAACGAAUUAAUUCUCUAGCUGUCACACCUCAUACCUGAACCUCUCCAGGGAUGGAAACACCUUUGUCAGACUGCCCCCAUUUUCUGUGGUUUGUGCAUAUUAACUGAGGGACUUCGAGUUGGCCAUACUGUUAGUUACCAGUGCCAUCCAACCUUUGAUGUUCUCAGGGUACAGACCACAUAAUAACAGCUGCUGAGAUACCCUCUGUUACAGUAGUUACUGUGUAUACAUUUUCCUCCUAAAACAAAAUUAAUUGAGUAAUGAUUUUUGUGGCUGAUUCAGCCUUUUAUUCUGUUCAUGAAAUUAUAACGACUGGUUUUUUUUAAUGUCCUAUUUUUCAACCAAUACAUAUUUUUCAAACUUUUUUUUCCUCUUUGUUGAUGACCAGGUCUAAACCCAACUUGUCUGUUCAGCUGUGGCUGUUAUUUACUGAUGAUAAGAGUCUGAAAACUUUUAUGAAACAAAUACUAGAUGGACAGUUUCAUAAUAGACAUUCCAUACUGGUAAACUGAAAUGUUCAAGUGUUCUUGCAUGCAAAAUGGAUGCAACAAAUUGAUUAAUUUAUAAUCUCAGCUUGCUGAAAAUAAAAAAGCAUAUGCAUUACUUGUUCUGUGCUUUUUUAAAUCUAACUGGUAUAUUGGUAGCAGCACAAAUUAGCGUGUAAUUGUUAAUAUACUGCAUAUAGUUAGUAACACUGAGGAUAUAAUUGCCUGAAUUGUCUGUGUUUAAACAGUGAUGACAAAAUUAUAUCAGAGCCUGUUAAAUACAACCAUAUUAAUAGUUUAAAAUUAUAGUUGAAUGACUGACAGUUAAAACUAUAUUAAACCUAACCAUUGGUGCCUGAUCUAUUAGGACUCAGGCCUACCAACUUGCCAGCAUCUUUUCCAGGGAUAUACAGGCCUGUUUACCAGUAUGCUGGGACCACGCAUUUAACCUGAAAGUAAUAGGAUACAGGUCACCUGUGAGGAUACAGGUGACCAGAUAUUUUUAGUUUCAGGGCAUUCCUGAAAGCAAACAUAAUGAACAAGCUGGUAAUCAGUUGGCUACAUGGCCAUGGUCACCAUGUAUAAUUCUCUAAACUGACAAGGAAAUUGUGAAUUUUCAAGUAUGAAUGUGAACAGCCCAAAGGGCAGUAAGGAGGAGUGGAUUUAUGAGCAGACAAUGCAAAACUAUCUGUCUAUGUUUUGAUUCAUAGACAUGAGUGGGCCAGGCACAAUGAGAGAUGGGCAGUCAUAACUUCAUUUCAUUCUUCUGAAAGGAAGUAAUAUAAUGAGGACAGAAAAUAGAAUAUGCAACACAUUCUUUCUUUUGUCUCUAAUGUACUCCUGUGAUUUACUUCAUCUUUUUUUUUUAGCCUGUUACACCAAAGUUGGAAAAGAGAAAACAAAGGAAAAGUAGAUAAAGGAGUAAUGAAUGAUAGAAACUGCCUUACUCAGAUUCACAGCCCCAUCAAAUGGGGCUUGCACAGUUCAGUGGUCUAAAUUGGGGUAGCUCUGUAAUUACAGCCUAUUGGACAGACAGAAAAUGUCUCUGGAACUGCCAGGCUGGAUUUUUUACAAGAAUUAAAAUUGUUUUUGUAAUAAGAGAUGAAGUGGACAAAUAUACAGUAAAGUCUAUUGAAAAUAAACCUUGUGUGUGUAGGCCUAUACUUCCAGUUGAACUCUAGGCUGGCAGGAACCAGCCUGUUACUGAGAGGCACCACUGCACAACAGCAGGACAUCAGAAGGCAAUAAGCAAAAUGACUACAAAAAAGAUUAUUCCUCUGUCCACUGCACAUAUGCACAGCAGUGCAUGCAGUUAGCAGAGCUGUCAGUGCUUCCUGGCAAACACAGACUGCCUACAGGCUCCUAGAGGCUCAAAAGUCACAUUAUAUCUAUACCCUCUGUACUUUCCAUUAGUAUGUGUAGAACAGCUAAGCUGUAGUACUGUAAAGUAAUAAUACUGUGCUUACCCAAACAAUUAGAACUUACUUAUCUUCCCUUGAAAUACCAAAUAGUAGUGGUUUAUAUAAUGGCUUUUCCUCAACGCAGUCAAGCAGCCACCUUACCAGAAAAGGCAGCAAACACCAAUCUAGACUAAAUAGUAUGUUCAUCCAUGCAAUGAUGGGGCACAGCAUUAAGACAAAUGUUUUCCCUGCUGCAAAGGUCCUUAUGAGGCAGAGAAAGGGCCCCAGAAUAUAUUCCAGGACCUGACUUUGCCUCUCUGGAACAGAACAGAAAGAUUCCUCAUGUUCCAGCUCCUCCAAGCCAUGGUGCUUUGAAAAUAUAGCAUCUGGUCCAAAAUCUAGUAAACUUGGAUAUUCUAACUGAACAUACAUUUCACAAACUGUAUAAAAAGAAUCUGCUGUGCUAAUUGUUCUGCUCUAAGGCUUUAAGGGAAUGCCAAACAUGAACAGUUGAGUCUGGACCAAUUUUGACUGAGGCGUUCUGAUCAAGGUUUUGGCACUUUUGCAGGAUAUGUGUUUGAUAGUCAAAAUGUUGAUCUGUCAUUAUCCUGUGGAUUAUUCAUUGGCCGUUGAAUUAGACUAGUAAUCUUUUCCUUUCCCAUUCUACUAUUUACUGUUACAGUGCUAUUCCAUUUCCAGAAUUGUCAGUUAACAUCUUAAUCCGUCUGUCAGCUAGUUACUGACUGAUUUAGGAAACAGUGUAAAAAUGCCUGAAGUGAAUGGGGCUGAAAAUCUGCAAAUAAUGCAGGAAGGAGCUAUGCAGUAUCUUCAUGUUACAAAAUAUUUACUUAACAACCAUCUUGAAAGUGUAUUCUUUAGGAAACAGCUACUCCAAACAGCCUUCCCUGGUCAUGGCUUAAAAUUAAAACAAAACAAAUUAAAACCAUAAAAGUGGAAACAAGCCAUGCCAUUAACUCUCCUUCGUUUAUACUAUACAGGGUCCAGCCUUGUUCAAUUUAAUGCAAGUGUUUAUUCCUCUGGAAAGAUGGACUUGGCACAACUGCCAAGAAUAACAACUUGAUGAAUGAUGAUUAGCAGUAAAUACAAAAUGUUUAUCUCAUGUUAUGUAUGGAGCCAUGAAGAAGUCAUGACAAUACUGAGUCGUUGACUUUACUAACUUAAACAGACAUAGAAGAUGUCUCAGAUGGAGGAGGUGUUGCUGUGGAGAAGAUGAAAUAACGAACUUAAGAUGCAGCCUCUUUUCAGACAUACACUAAGGAUGAUCGUAACCAUGAUCUGCUUUGCCAUUUGCAGGACACUGCUAUCUGAACACACUGUGGGAAGCGAGGCUUGAGGAACCAUAUUCAGCUUCUCACCAUUCAUUCUGGGAUGUGAUGAUAAAAGAAGGAAAUGAGAAAUGGAAAUUCUGGCACUGAAAGGCAAGCUCAGAGUAGACUGAGAGGGAAGUAUCUGUAUAUCCUGACUAUUGAAGGCUAUGCAGCACUACCGACAGCAGUCAAUAUAACUUGGUCUUCAAUCAAUUUUAAAACUAUACUACAAUGGCAGCCAAAACCAUCAGGUUACUUAUAUACUGUAGAAAUACAUGGACAGACAUCUGACAUUAAAAAAAAAUGCAUACGGACAACAGAAACAGAGUGUGAUGUUACUGAUGCGCUCAAGGAUGUAAAAGAGACCUACGUAGCCCACAUACUGUCUGUAAUGCCCGCAGGGAUGGAUAACUUUGAAGAACCACCUUAUGCACUUUCUGAAAAAUUUACCCCUUAUAGUCAGACUGUUAUUGGAAAACCAGAGAUAAAGAAUUAUACACAAAAAGGUUCGGAACUGAACAUCGUGAUCAAAGAUCCACUUACACCAUAUACGUUUCCUAAUGGAAGCUUUCAAAGUAUUCGAGAUAUUUUCCAACAUGACCUGGAAUACAAACUGUAUUACUGGAAAGAUCAAAGUUCUGGAAAGAAAGAUACAACAACAAAAAGCCAUACAUUUGAAGUAAGCGUUGAGAGCACAAAGAACUAUUGCUUCUAUGUCCAGGGAUUCGUUCCGUCCCGCAGAGAAAACCGUAAUGGUCAAACCAGCGUGAUGCACUGCACCACUGCAGAAAGGGGCAUCUUCGACGAAUAUGGAGCAGAAGUCUUUAUCAUCAUAGCAGUGAUUGCAAUUGCAGUCAUCACUCUUGCCAUUGUCCUACCAGUGAUUCUGUGUAAACGCAAGAAAGCAAGAGCUGUGAGAGAAAAGCAACCACUGAAUGACGUCUAAGGAAAAAGUAUUGUGGACACUAAUGGCAGCACCAAGGCAAAAAACCCACCACAACAAAAAACCAUAAAUUGGAUAAUUGAGUGGAGCUUUUUAGGCUCUCUGAAACAGGAAUUUUGAAGCCCAAAUUUUAUUGGAUGGAGGCUGGAGGAGCAUUCUGGUGAUCUGAUACAAUCAUAGAAUUGUACAAUAUGCUGAGUUGGAAGUGACCCACAAGGAUCAUCAAGUUCAACUCCUGGCCCUGUGUAGGAUACACAGUGUGCCUGAGAACGUUGUCCAAACACUUCUUGAACUCAGACAGGCUUAGUGCUGUGACCACUUCCUUGGGGAGCCUGUUGCAGUGCCCAAUCACUCUCUGUGUGAAAAACCACCUGCUAAUAUCCAACCUAAACCUCCCUGAUUUGGCUUCAUGCCAUUUUCUCGAGUUCUGCCACUGGAAACGAGAGUGAAGAGUCAAUGUCUGUCCUCUGCUUCCCCUCAUGAAGAUGCUGAAGAUGGCAAAGAGGUCUCCCCUCGGUCUCUUCUUAUCCAGGCUGAACAGACCACGUGACCUCAGCUGCUCCUCAUAUGGCUU